UAAAAUUUAAUUUAAAAUUUAGUUAAGCGUUGAGAGUGUGCAAGAAAAGAUGAAAUUUUUAAUAUUUUUAGCUUUAAUUGUAACUGUUUUUUCAGAGGAUUACUCAGGAUACUUCAGAGAUCCAGAUCAUCCUGGUAAAUGCGUCCGUGAUGGUAUAAUUCUAUCUCCUGGUGAGGUGGGAAAAGUUCCUGGAGAAUGUGCACUGAUGACGUGCUAUGAUGACGGUUAUGCCACAUUUCAAACAUGUGGAGUAGUUUUAGCACCACCUGGAUGUAAUUUCCCUGACUAUAUUGAUCUUGAUGCUCCAUUUGGUGAAUGUUGUGCAUUGAAAGAAUGUUAUUAAUUGGAAUUUAAACAAAUAAAGAUAUAAUUUAAAAUUAA